GACCUAUGGUGGUCGCAGAAGUAGGCCGACUAUAAAAACACUAAGCGCCGAAGCAGUCGACCUGACUAGUAGUUCCAGCAGUGUGGUGUUUAGUUUGUUACCAAUGGCGUGCUUUAAAAGUGCGUUAAUAGCGUUCAUCGCGUGUUGUGUCAUUUGCGCAUACGCCCAAGAAGAUGCCGCACCAAAGAAAGAAGAAAGCUUCGAAGCUGAGCUCUGUAAAGAUAAGGAUGCUGGAGAAUGGUUUCGUUUAGUGGCUGGCGAAGGAGACAAUUGUCGUGAUGUCAUUCAGUGUACAUCUUCCGGUCUUCAAGCCAUCCGUUGCCCUGCCGGUUUGUACUUCGACAUUGACAAACAGACAUGCGAUUGGAAAGACUCGGUUAAAAAUUGUAAGACCAAGAACAAGGAGAGGAAGGUGAAACCUCUACUUGUCACCGACGAACCCUUGUGUCAAGAUGGUUUCCUUGCCUGUGGUGACAGCAACUGUAUCGAGAGAGGACUCUUCUGUAAUGGAGAGAAGGACUGCAGUGACGGUUCUGAUGAAAACAGCUGUGAUAUCGACAACGAUCCCAACCGUGCCCCACCUUGUGACCCUGCUGUAUGCACCCUUCCCGACUGCUUCUGCUCAGAAGAUGGUACCACCAUCCCUGGAGACCUCCCAGCCAAAGACGUACCCCAGAUGAUCACCAUCACCUUCGAUGACGCCAUCAACAACAACAAUAUCGAGCUCUACAAGGAAAUUUUCAACGGCCAGAGGAAGAAUCCAAAUGGUUGCGACAUUAAGGCCACCUUCUUCAUUUCUCACAAGUACACCAAUUACUCUGCUGUGCAGGAAAUGCACCGUAAAGGUCACGAAAUAGCUGUACAUUCAAUAACACACAACGACGAUGAAAGAUUCUGGUCCAAUGCCACCGUAGACGACUGGGCCAAAGAAAUGGCAGGUAUGAGGAUUAUCGUAGAAAAAUACGCCAAUCUCACAGACAACAGCGUGGUCGGUGUAAGAGCUCCCUACCUACGUGUUGGAGGAAACAACCAGUUCACAAUGAUGGAGGAACAAGCCUUCCUCUACGAUUCAACCAUCACUGCACCCCUCAGCAAUCCACCACUAUGGCCCUACACCAUGUACUUCAGAAUGCCACACCGUUGCCACGGUAACGUACAGAGCUGUCCCACCAGGAGUCACGCCGUGUGGGAGAUGGUGUUGAACGAGCUGGACAGGAGGGAAGAUCCCACCAGCGAUGAAAACAUCCCCGGUUGUGGUAUGGUUGACUCCUGCUCGAACUUACUCACAGGAGACCAGUUCUACAACUUCUUGAACCACAACUUCGACAGGCAUUAUGAAGAGAACAGGGCUCCUCUUGGUCUCUAUUUCCACGCCGCUUGGUUGAAGAACAACCCUGAGUUCCUGGAGGCUUUCCUCUACUGGAUUGAUGAGAUCCUGUCCAACCACAACGAUGUCUACUUCACCACAAUGACUCAGGUCAUACAAUGGAUUCAAAACCCAAGACCCAUCACAGAAGUGAAGAACUUCGAAUCCUGGAGGGAGAAGUGCAACGUUGACGGAGCUCCAGCUUGUUGGGUACCACACUCCUGCAAACUCACCUCCAAGGAGGUACCCGGGGAGACUAUCAAUCUCCAAACUUGUGUCCGUUGUCCCAACAACUACCCAUGGUUGAACGACCCAACUGGAGAUGGUUUCUUUUAGAUUCUAGCCUGGGAACUCCUGGGUUUUUAGUGAUUUUUUUCCUACUACAUCUUGUAUUUAUUGUUUCGAAGGACUGUGAGCGUGAUUUUCUGUUGAUUAUCAAACGAACAUCUCACUAUUAUUAGACUGUUGAUUCGAUUGGCACGUGGAUAGUGCCAAAAGUGAUAAGGCAAUGUAACAUAAACUCAAUUGAUACGAUUAGACAAGCAUUAUUGUAAUAUGAAUUUGUAAUAAAAGUAUGGUUUUAA